AUGCCUGUCAAUAGCGGUGCAACGGUUAGCGGCAUUCUAACUCAAAAUUCUAGUAACAAUAAUCCGCAAGCAACAGCAACAGCAACAACGACGACCACAGCAACACCCUAUGAUAAUCAGCAAAUCGAAACGAAUCCUUGGAAGAAACGUCUGGUGGAAUACGAUACCGGCUCUGGCAACGAUUUGGUUGGCUAUCAUCUUCAACUCGAUGCACCAGUUUCACGUGGCGGCUCAUCGUCGUCGUUUAUCAAUGACCUGUUCGCCUAUGAUAAUACUCUAUUAGUGCCCAGUGCUUCGUAUCCCAGUGCGCCGAGUAUUGAUGAUUCAACUGGCGAAUCCUGGCAAACGGGCGAGCUACUAGAACUCGAUCAUCGUUAUAAUUCUGGCCUACAGACAUCAUCGACAUCGUCGUCAUCAUCGUUAAAUGCUUCCCUGCCCGCGUUACCGGUGGCAGCAACGCCUGUGACACCUCCACCAUUAGCUAGUCAAACCACAUCCACUACAUCCACAACAAAUCCAUCGUCGUCGCAAAUCCAGGUUCAGGCUUCAAGCCAGAAUCAAAGUUUUCUAGUUCCUCAAAAGCAAAUGCCCUCGGGUCGGAGACGCAUUUCACUGAAUUCGAUGGCCACCACCGCUACCAGCGAGUCGGAACCGGAUUUCGAGGACAAGAAUCUAUCAUGGCUGCUCAAUUUUAAGUUCGAUGAGUUUCCACAUCUGUCGCCGGAUGUUGGUCGAGUCCAUGGCCAUCAUCAUCAUCCCAAUGCCAAUGUUACGGAUAUAACCACUAAUGCCGGCAUUGGAACUCAACCCAAUAGUACAUCGCCGUGUAGCUCAAAUUCACCCACAUCCGUAUCGGUGUCAGCCUCCAGUUGCGGUUCCAUGAUCGAACAGCAGCAACAUCAACGUCCCCGUUCUCCCAAAAGCUGUUCGAGCUUAGCCCAAAACACUUCUCUAGGAUUAGUUGGCGGAGUUAGCAAUACCAAUGGGGGAGGCUGCGGCGGUGGCGGUGGCGGUGCUGGUGCAGUUGGUGGUUGUGCGGCAGUUGUGGUAACCAAUAAAACGGGACGCAAAUUUGAGGAACUUGUGAUGGAAGUGACCUCAGAACUAGAUGGCAACGAUAUGAUUGUGGCUGAGCAUGUUGUGGUUGAGGACACCACUUCCAAGGCGCCAAAGAAACCACCGUUUACAUACACGGAACUCAUCGAAUACGCCCUCGAGGAUAAGGGUGAACUGACGGUGUCGGGUAUAUAUCAAUGGAUCUCCGACCGUUUUCCCUAUUACAAAUCGAAUGAUGAUCGCUGGAAGAAUUCGGUGCGGCAUAAUCUAUCAAUAAAUCCGCAUUUCCGUAAAGGAGUGAAGGCACCACAGGGCGCUGGACAUUUAUGGGCCAUAUCUAGUGGGGAUUCAGCGGAAAACGUUUUAGCCUGGGAGCAUAAAAAGCAACGUUUGGAUUUGUUUUUCAAAAUGGAGUCAAUCAAUAGGGAACGUAUGCAACAGCAACAACAACAACAACAACAACAACAGCAGCAGCAGCAACAACAACAAUUGCAACACCAACAGCAUCAGCAACAACAACAACAAAUAUGCAAUUCACCUCAGAAUACAACACAAUCCACCAGCUCGAAUUGCAUCUAUGAUGAGGGUAAUGUGGCAGCAGCUGCCUUAACGCAAGAAAUGUUGCAGCAACAUGGAGAAUCAUCACCAACAGCGACAGCAACCGCAGCAACACAUCAUCAACAGCAGCAGCAGCAUCAACAACAACAACAACAACAACACCAACACCAACAGCAACAUCAAAGACUUUUGCCCUUCAAUGAUCUUUUGAGUGACGAAGAGUUACGCAAAACUGCGGGACAAAUAUUAAAUGGCAUACAUCGAGAAGUGGAAGUGCAAUCAGUAAAUAGCAUUAUAAGUACCUAUCAGGAUGUAUUGCUGGAUAAUGAAGACUAUCUCAAUCCCAUACACAAAGACGUGGUAGUGACUGAAAGUGUUUUACGCCAGCAGCAGCAUAAUCAACAGCAACAUCAUUCCCACCAUCAUCAGCAGCAACACCAGCAGCAGCAGCAACAGCAGCAGCACUUGGGUCUGAAUCAUCAUUCACAAUAUUAUAUUACCGAAAUAGAUCCCAUGGAAUUGGGCAUACAAAUGUCGCAACAUCAAAUGGAGCCAUCCGAGGAGGAGGUUCUAUUUAGCGAUGAAUUCAAUUUGAAUUAUUUUGGAUAUAAUCCGGGAAGCGAUAUAGUGGCUUGA